AUGUCUCUUUCACUGGCAAAAGACUUAGGAUUCAAGGAAUUCAAGAGUCGUGAGGUGAGAGUUGAAUUUGCGGUUCUAUCAGGUAUGGAGCCUUAUGCAAUUCUUGAAGAUGUUAUUCUGGAGAUAGGAGUGCGACUUUUCCCAACUGACUUUGAAAUCAUGGUAUGGAAAGGCUCAAAGAGGAAUCAACUGAUUCUUGGAACCCCAUUCCUAGCCACAGCCGGCACGGUCAUCAACUACUUGAAGAACCACUUGUCACUGGGCAAUAUUCGGCAAUAUGUCUUCUUCCCAAGCAUCAACUUCAAGUCAGCACCAAGUGCAACCAAGCUACCACCAGAAGAAGCCACUCUCAUGCCUAAGAAAGGAGAUUUUCUGCCCAGAGGAACAAAGAAGAGUGAGCACUACCCAAUACCAAAGGAGAAGAAGAAACCAUUGGAGCUGAAACAUAAAGAUGUCUUCAAGGACAUCAACUCGGUCUUGCUUUCAACCUUUGAUGAAUAUGGAGCUGAAGAGGAGUCUGAUGGUGUAUCCAAGUUCUAUGCCCAGAUGAGGAUCCUUACCCCAAAGGAUACAGAGCUUAAAGACGAUCAUACCGCAAGAGAGAAGCUCGAGAGGACCAUGAAACUUUUCCCGAGAGCGCUUGUCUUCAAAGGCGACAUGGGAGAUGAUCUUGGAGAGUCCAAACCACCACAAGAGCGCCCAAACCAGAGAAUGGAGAAGCUAAAGGGAUCGCAAACCCUCUAG